AUGGCACACUGUUGCUUUCUCAUCUAUCCCCUUGCCAAAGUUGCGGAUGAAUCAUUUCUACAACUACUGUUUGAUGACUCAGUUAAGCGCUCUGCGUUUCUCGGGUAUCCUCCCCGUCGUUUCGCCAUAGUGGAGCUUGAAGAAAGUCAAAACGAGGCUGUUUUGCGCGCAAUCGGGGCAAGAGAUGACGAUGGCCGCGUGGAGGCGCGUGAAGAUAACGCUGAUACACCGUUUGUGGAUCUCUUCACACGCACUGGAGCGAAAAAAGGGACGGAUCGUAAUGAGCCAAUAGGACUUCGGAUGGGCUGUAUUCCCCACUUGUCCCAGGUUCGGUUUCGUAGGACGUAUUUGCGGGUGAUCGUGAGCCCGGUUACCAUUGAUGAGUUAUUUGGUUGUGUUCAGAAGGAUUCUAAUCAUGUCAAAAAGGAAAAGCGGUCACUGAAAAGGUCGCGUCACACUGAUGAGGAUGCGGGACCGUGGGUCCCUCGGUGGCCCGUUGCGAAUGGCGAUCCAACACUAGCUGGUAGAGUUGAGGUGGUUUCCAUGACAGGUGCUUCUCGUGCUGGUUUGAGUGGUGACCCGGAGGACGAAAGGUAUCGUGAACCCUACGCUGAAUGUAGUGGUGGUCCUGUUUGUAAUAUGAGUCCACCCAAAACCUUUUUAUCUGACGAUAGUGCUGGUGACGCGGCUGGGCGCCGUGCGCUUGAUGUCAGUGUGCAGAAUCUCAUUAGAGAGUUGGGGUUCGAUAAAUAA